CGACGGCGGAGCAGGGCGCAUUCGGCUGCUGCUUUCCCGCACCCCGGGCGUGAACGCCCUCUCCGACGCGGCCGCGAGGAAAUAAGCGGGUUUCGUCUAGGCGGAAAAGGAAGGGAAGAGGAUCCCAAGUGAGCGCGUUGUCUCCUCCGUCGCCGCUGCCCCUUUGGAACUCCGGCUGCUCCUCAGUCCAGCCGCGCCCCAGCCCCCGGGCCGGACGCAGUGCCCGAGGCGCCCUGCAGAUGGGGCGGGCAGGGGACAGGCGCCCACGCCGCGGGUGACAGGCGCCGGCCUGCCCGCCUGCCCGACUCCGCGCAGGAACCGGGCGGGCAGAGGAUGCGAGGCGGAGGGACCUCGAAGCGGGAUCGGAGACUGCCCAGGGCGCGCUAAGGCUCCCACUUGGAUGGCCGGGAGAGCGCUCCAGGUCUUGGGACCACUUCUCGGCUCCAAGUGAGCUGCGCGCGGGACCUGGGGGCGGAGACCCCCAGGCGGCGGCUGCCGAGGGGCAAGCCGGGCGCAGGAGGGGGCGCGCUUUCUCCCUGCGGGUCUCAGUAAUGAGGAGACUGAGUUUGUGGUGGCUGCUGAGCAGAGUCUGUCUGCUGCUGCCGCCACCUUGCGCACUGGUGCUGGCCGGGGUGCCCGGCUCCUCCUCACACCCGCAGCCCUGCCAGAUCCUCAAGCGCAUCGGGCACGCGGUGAGGGUGGGCGCGGUGCACCUGCAGCCCUGGACCCCGGGCCCUCGCGCGGGCAGCCGCGCUCCGGACCGCAGGCGGGCAAGCGCCCAGCGGGAUGAGCCGGGACCAGGGACUCGGCGGCCCCCGGCGCCGUCGCCGGGCGCACGCUGGUUGGGGAGCGCCCUGCAUGGCCGCGGGCUGCCGGGCGCCGGGAAGACUGGGGAGGGCGAUGGGGCCGAGACCCUUUGGCCUCGCGACGCCCUCCUCUUCGCGGUGGACAACCUGAACCGCAUGGACGGGCUGCUGCCCUACAACCUGUCUUUGGAAGUAGUGAUGGCCAUCGAGGCGGGCCUGGGAGAUCUGCCGCUCUUGCCCUUCUCCUCCCCUAGCUCGCCGUGGAGCAGUGACCCAUUCUCCUUUCUGCAGAGCGUGUGCCACACCGUGGUGGUGCAAGGAGUAUCGGCGCUGCUCGCCUUCCCCCAGAGCCAGGGGGAGAUGCUGGAGCUGGACUUGGUCAGCUCCGUUCUGCACAUUCCAGUGAUCAGCAUCGUGCGCCGCGAGUUUCCGCGGGAGAGUCAGAAUCCCCUUCACCUCCAACUGAGUUUAGAAAAUUCAUUGAGUUCUGAUGCUGAUGUCACUGCCUCAAUCCUGACCAUGAACAGCUGGUAUAAUUUUAGCUUGUUGCUGUGCCAGGAAGACUGGAACAUCACCAACUUCCUCCUCCUCACCCACAAGAAUUCCAAGUUCCACCUCAGGUCCAUCGUCAACAUCACCACCAACCUCUCCUCCUCCGAGAACCUCCCGAGCUCCCUGCAGGUCCAGCUUGAGAACAUUAAGAACACCACCUCCACAGUGGUGAUGUUUGGCUGCAACAUGGAUAGCAUCCGGCGGGUUUUUGAAAUCACCACCCGGUUUGGAGUAACGUCCUCCGAGCUUCGAUGGGUGCUGGGGGAUUCCCAGAAUGUGGAGGAAUUGAGGACAGAAGGUCUGCCCUUAGGGCUCAUUGCUCACGGGAAAACGACACAGCCCGCCUUCGAAUACUACGUCCAAGAUGCGAUGGAGCUGGUCGCCAGGGCUGUAGCCACAGCCACCAUGAUCCAGCCAGAACUUGCUCUCAUUCCCAGCACGAUGAACUGCCUGGAUGUGGAGGCUACAAAUCUCACUUCGGGGCAGUAUUUGUCAAGGUUUCUAGCCAACACCACUUUCAGAGGUCUCAGUGGUUCCAUCAAAGUGAAAGGUUCCACCAUCAUCAGCUCAGAAAACAACUUUUUCAUUUGGAAUCUGCAACAUGACCCCGUGGGAAAGCCAAUGUGGACUCGCUUGGGCAGCUGGCAGGGAGGAAAGAUUGUCAUGGACUAUGGGAUAUGGCCAGAGCAGCCGCAGAGGCACAAAACCCACUUCCAAUACCCAAGUAAGCUACACUUGCGAGUGGUUACCCUAAUUGAGCAUCCCUUUGUCUUCACGCGGGAGGUAGAUGAUGAAGGCUUGUGCCCUGCUGGCCAACUCUGUCUAGACCCCAUGACGAAUGACUCCUCCAUAUUGGAUGACCUUUUUAACAACCUGCAUAGCAGUAAUGAUACAGUGCCCAUCAAAUUCAAGAAGUGUUGCUAUGGAUAUUGCAUUGAUCUGCUGGAAAAGCUAGCAGAAGACAUGAACUUUGACUUUGACCUCUAUAUUGUUGGGGAUGGAAAGUAUGGAGCCUGGAAAAAUGGGCACUGGACUGGGCUGGUGGGUGAUCUCCUGAGUGGGACAGCCCACAUGGCAGUUACGUCCUUCAGCAUCAACACUGCACGAAGCCAGGUGAUAGACUUCACCAGUCCUUUCUUCUCCACCAGCUUGGGCAUCUUAGUGAGGACCCAAGACACAGCAGCUCCCAUUGGAGCCUUCAUGUGGCCACUUCACUGGACAAUGUGGUUGGGGAUUUUUGUGGCUCUGCACAUCACUGCCAUCUUCCUCACUCUGUACGAAUGGAAGAGCCCCUUUGGUAUGACUCCCAAGGGACGGAAUAGAAGUAAAGUCUUCUCCUUCUCUUCAGCCUUGAACAUCUGUUACGCUCUUUUGUUUGGUAGAACGGUAGCCAUCAAACCUCCAAAAUGCUGGACUGGAAGGUUUCUAAUGAACCUUUGGGCCAUUUUCUGUAUGUUUUGCCUUUCUACAUACACUGCAAACUUAGCUGCUGUCAUGGUAGGUGAGAAGAUCUAUGAAGAGCUUUCUGGAAUACAUGACCCUAAGCUCCAUCAUCCCUCCCAAGGCUUCCGCUUUGGAACUGUCCGCGAAAGCAGUGCUGAAGAUUAUGUGAGGCAAAGCUUCCCAGAGAUGCACGAGUAUAUGAGAAGGUACAAUGUGCCAACCACCCCCAACGGAGUGAAGAAUCUAAAGAAUGAUCCGGAGAAGCUAGAUGCCUUCAUCAUGGACAAAGCCCUUCUGGAUUAUGAAGUGUCAAUAGAUGCUGACUGCACACUUCUCACCGUGGGGAAGCCAUUUGCCAUAGAAGGAUAUGGCAUUGGUCUCCCACCCAACUCUCCUCUGACCUCCAACAUAUCGGAGCUAAUCAGUCAAUACAAAUCCCAUGGGUUUAUGGAUGUACUGCAUGACAAGUGGUACAAGGUGGUUCCCUGUGGCAAGAGAAGUUUCGCUGUCACUGAGACUUUGCAGAUGGGCAUCAAGCACUUCUCCGGACUCUUCGUGCUGCUGUGCAUCGGGUUUGGCUUGUCCAUCUUGACAGCCAUUGGCGAGCACAUCGUGUACAGGCUGCUGCUGCCACGGAUCAAAAACAAAUCCAAGCUGAAAUACUGGCUUCACACCAGCCAGAGAUUACACAGAGCACUAAACACGUCAUUUGUAGAGGAAAAGCAACAGUGUUUUAAGACUAGACGUGUGGAGAAAAGGUUCAGCGUGGGCCCGCGCCAGCUCGCCGUGUGGAACACCUCCGAUCCGGGUCAGGACAAUCGGCAGAAGUGCAUCCCGAGUGACGAGGGAGGGCACAACCAGCUGGGCACCGGGACCCUCCAGGACGCCCCUCUCCCACCAAGGAGAAGGGAGCUCCCCGCCUCCCUGGCCACCAACGGGAAGGCAGACCCCCUAAACGUGGCUCGGAACUCGGUGAUGCAGGAGCUCUCGGAGCUCGAGAAGCAGAUUCAGGUGAUCCGUCAGGAGCUGCAACUGGCUGUGAGCAGGAAGACGGAGCUGGAAGAGUAUCAGAGGACAAACCGGACUCGCGAGUCCUAGGGGGGUUUGCUGCUCCCCUUUCCCAGCUCCUGGCAUCCUCGGAGCCCUGGAGACACUUGGGGGCCGGGUCACCUUGGAGGUCGGGUGGGAAGCAGCAGCAGCUCUUCCCAGGCCCCCUCUCUCCGUCUCCAAAGGGAGAGUCUCUUUCAAAGCAGGAAUCUCACCUGUCAGAGGUCCCCUCGGCUUAACGGAUCUCUGAAGACCCAGGCACCCCCGGCUCCUGUGAACCUUUCCAGCAGGUGCCACAGUAAUAUUUCUCAUUUUUAGCCCUUUCUCUGCACUGUCAACAACAGGGAGAGAGAGAAAAAAAUCACCAUUCAUACCUGUCUCUUACCGGGCUGCUGGUUUUAAUCUCAGUAUAGAACAGGAUUAUGCAGGGCUAUAGCUGUUGCUACCACUCCCCAGUGUAGAUCAGUUGCUACAUCCUGAAUGGGGGCGGGGGGCAGGGGAAGAGCUGGAGAAACUGAGGAUGGGGUCCCACGGGACUUAUAAAGUUAACUGAGCUCCAGAGUGUCAGGGCGGGCCCAGGGUGGCAUGGGUGGUAUCCGUGCCCCCGUUCUGAUUAACACUUAGCAGGAAUGUGAUUGCACGCCCCUGGGAAAUGGGACAUGUGCAUGGUGAGCUAGAACAGGAUUUGUAGCAGAAGAAUUAAAAAGGUACCCCGUGUUGUGCUUUUAGAACAAAAGCUCAGGGCUGGAAAGGCAAUUUGGCUAAGGCAUGAAUAGCGUUGCACUUCUGCUCUAACUCACCAUCUCCACCGGAGCAUGUGCCUUUUGUAAAGGAAAAAAAAAAAAAGGGAGAAAAAGAAAAGCAAGAUUUGGCCUUAGGAUGAAACUGGAGUAGCAGUGCUAAUUGCCUACAGCAGCCUAUGCGAGCAGGCACUGUGGGUUCGGCAGAAAUGUUGGACAAACCAUAUUAUUAGGCCAUUUCAAAUCAACAGUCACCUAACUCAGCCGUGGGAACCCAAAGGUGAAUCUUGAGCCUGUGAACAUCACUCGCUUCAACGUUCAGGAAUCUGCCCUGUGCGCUUCAUGUCUUAUUGGUAAUUUCCUAAUCAAAAUCCCACCCUUGUCCCAUUCCUCACUGGGGAGCUGUGAACAGGUGUUGUCCCUCUGAUUAUUCUCCAGGCCCCAUCUAAUGCCCCCCAAAACUGAUGUAAGUGACCUAGCUCCCCCUCUGCCUAGGUGCCCCCUUCCCACUGCACAACUGCUGGGACAGGCAGAAAGGGAAAGGAAUACGGGGACCCCAGGCCUUCAGUUUCCAAAUGUUAGUAGAGAUCGCUUAGGAAGCACACCAACACACUGACUGCGAGGCCCUUCCCCAGAGAUUACAGGGUGGGAUCUGGGGGUGGGCACAGAAACUGUUAACCAACACUCCCAGGUGACUGGCACAUGCUCUGGAAGUUUGAUCAUUUUGAGAGUUUUAACUCCUGCACACACCUGCUAAUGCACCUUCCAUCCCACCAAGCCCCCAGCCCUGGACACCAUUUAGGCCUAGACUUCCUUGUUUAUCAGUUACUUGCUUUAUCUUUUCAGUACUCAUUGCUCCACCCCAAUCUAUUCCAGCACCUACAGUGAGCUCCAGUGCUGCACCCAGCGCGGUGCUCUGUGAUGGAGCCUCCAUCACAAAAUUUUUCCCCCUACCCUUGGAUACAAUGCCUGCACCCAGAGCUACCCAGUCUGGCAGAGAAAGAUAGCAUGUUAAGCUGUAAUGAGAGAAUGCCUUAGCAAUUCUUUAAUGCUCUGAGAAAAACUCAAGGUGAGGUAGGAGCCAGGUUCUGAAAAGGGUGGUGGGAGGGCUCUAAAGUUAGACUUCAUCAAGCUCACAGAUGAAACUGUUCAACGAGGGACCAGGUGAGCCCUGGAAAGAGAAAGGGACAAUUCUGCUUUGAAACCCCCUAACUCCCCCACGUUCUCCCUCCAGACCCAGAAGCAGGUUUGCAACUGCUUUUGAAAGAGGAUGCCUCUUAGCCACCCGCACCCAUCGGCAACUGCUAAGGAUGCUGUAGAGACUCUCCCAUCACACCCUGCAACCCCUGAGCCCGAAGGCUGAUACUGUACAGGUGUACCUCAAUUCUCAUAGCAGCCAUGCUCCUGCCAAGUUGGACAUGGGCAUUUUUAUAACUUGAAUCAUAUUCCGACUGUAUGUGAGAAGCAGGCUAUUUAAAGGAACCCAGAGUGAAUUCUUUUGUAAAGAAUCCUUUUGUAAUGCAAUUAAUUAUCCCUUCACAUAUCUGUUUUGUAAGUUUGGACUUUUGUAUAUUGGGUUUUCCUUCAGCUUCUCUACAAGGCAUUCUGAGCAGUGGUGAUCACUUGUCAGAGCACCCCUUUGCCUGUCCCCAAAGCACAUGGGCCAGGCACGGUCGCUCCAGGAUCUUCUGAGGAGAUGCUUGGCCAGAAUUGUGGCCAGGAUGCAUCAAGCAGCAGCAGAGGCUGAAAGCAGACUUCCUGCCAUCCACACUGCUUGAAAUGCCUCCAAGUUUUGGGUAAAAGAAAAAACAAACCGUAAUUGCUUGUGGUGAAAUGAUGCAGUCUUCAUGUGAAGUAGAAAUGGUUAUUUUUCUCGGUUGUGACUGAACAGUGUUUUGCAAUUUGUGAAACAGUGUGUUGUGUCUGUAAAAAGAUUUCAUUGAAUGGUGGUCCAUUGAAAACCUCCUUUCUGUUCUGCUCCCACAUCUACUCUCUUAACUCCCCUUAGGCUCAAAAAACACCAAGAUCAGUAGCCUUCAGGUGGAGCGUGGUCUUUUGGUAAAGAAGGAAGAGAUAAGGGAUGCUACCUUGCCUUCUCUUGAGGGUUCCUAUUUCUUAAGAUCAGGAAGGCCUCGAUUCUUUGAUUCUUUUCCAAGCUCUCAUGCUGGGAAACCUGGAACGUGACAAACCUGAGUGUGUCACACACCCCGGCCUCCUGUUCUCGGCGAGUUGGAACAGAUCAGGCUACUUGGUUCCUGUAAAUAACCAUGAUGAGGGCCCCAGGGAGGGUAUACCUCAAGGGAGAGGAGAAAGGGGAGUCCUCAGACAAUUGAAGACAAGUUGGAAGAAUGACAUAGGACAGACAAGGGAGGCAGCCACAAGGACCCAAGCAGUUGGGGUCUGUGAUGUGCCUGGAGGUGCCUCUCCACUGUCCACCGUCCACAGAUCUUACUGUUGCGCAAACCCUGUAAAGGAGCUGUUGCUUCUGUUGUAACCAGAGAGAUGGUGAGUGGAGCAAUGGCCCAGCAAAACAGAGCUCUGUCAUCUUGGUAAUAGACUUCUCAGCAUUGGUGCUGGGACUACGAGAGCCUUGGAGAGAGUAAGCACUUCCUUGGUGGGGAUAAAGAAUGAAAGGGAAAGAACCUACUUUAGAGCCUCUCUUUCUCCCAAUUCACACUUUUUCAUAAGCAAAGCAGAAAAUCCAACCAGCCUUUGGAAGAAGUUGCUUUCUGGUCAUGAAAACCACUUCACUGUCUGCACUGUUUAGUUAUUCCUUUCUCCACCCACCUAAACCAUCCAUCGAAUCUGAGAUUCCCUCGCUGUUAUUUUUUAGUUUAGUUACCAAUCGUUUAAUGAAAGUAACUUAUUUAGAAGUAUUUUCUUAAGGUUUGUGAAGAGUGUUUGCAUUGUGUCUUCAUUUUACGUGUUUGCAAUCCCCCGCUCCAGGAAGAAUUGAAAUUUGUUUUGUGAGCAUGAAGUGAACAGGCUGUUUUGCUCCAGCCACUUUUCUUGUACAUCCACGUGAAUGGACCAGAUGUCCUCAGGUCUUUUCCAUCUCCAGUUUCUAUGACUGUGGAAUAAAUGUUCAGAUAGAAACUUCA